UUAAUGUCACAUUAACCCGACUUUUAUCGCUUUUUAUUCAACAAAAUUUUAAGCAACCUUCGUUUUAUGCUGUUUUUGUUUCGUAUCUCCGCAGAAUAACCAUCAAACAGACGAGAAAUGGCCGGCGCUGCUGUUGAAGAUUCCCAGUUCAAGGGUCUUAGCAAGAUUUUCAACUCGACCACCAUGAAGGGCAGAGCGAAUGUUGGAAAAGCGACAUACGGUGUCGUCGGACUAAUUAUUCUCUACAAUAUGGUAAAACCCAGCAAGAAGCCCGCAGCUGCAAAGUAAAGCAUGUCCAUACUUGUAAAUUUUAUUGUUUAGAAUCCCUCAGAAAAUAUUUGCUGUCAAGAUCUAAAACAGUAGAAAAUAAUGGUGUGGAAUAAAAUUGAAACGCCAUAAAUUA